AUGGGGGGCAAGUCCGCAACCAAGGCCGCUUACUUCGAUAAGCUGAAGGCCCUGCUCGAUGAGUACCGCACCGUCUUCAUUGUCGGUGUCGACAAUGUCAGCUCCCAGCAGAUGCACGAGAUCCGUAUCGCUCUCCGUGGCCAGGGUGUUGUCCUGAUGGGAAAGAACACCAUGGUCCGCCGUGCCCUCAAGGGGUUCGUUGUCGAGAACCCUGAGUUCGCCUCUCUGAUGCCUCACGUUAAGGGCAACGUUGGUUUCAUCUUCACCAACUCUGACAUGAAGGACGUCAAGGCCAAGAUCUUGGCUAACCGUGUCGCUGCUCCCGCCCGUGCCGGUGCCAUCGCUCCCGAUGAUGUCUGGGUCCCCGCCGGUAACACCGGUAUGGAGCCCGGUAAGACCUCGUUCUUCCAGGCUCUCGGUGUCCCCACCAAGAUUGCUCGUGGUACCAUCGAAAUUGUGUCUGACCUCAAGCUCAUUGAGGCCGGUAACAAGGUCGGUGCUUCCGAGGCUGCUCUGCUCAACCUGCUGAACAUCUCUCCCUUCACCUACGGUAUGACCAUUGCCCAGGUCUACGACCAGGGUCAGUGCUUCAGCGCCGAUGUCCUCGAGAUCGACGAUGAGCAGCUCCUCAAGGCCUUCAGCCAGGCUAUUGCCACCAUCACUGCUCUGUCUCUGGCUACCAACAUCCCCACCCUGCCCGCUGCCAUCCACUCCCUCAUCAACACCUACAAGAAGGUUCUUGCCGUUGCUGUUGAGACUGAGAUCAGCUGGCCCGAGAUUGAGGCCCUCAAGGACCGCAUCGCUAACCCCGAUGCCUACGCCGCCGCUGCCCCCGCCGCUGCUGCUGCCACCUCCGGUGGUGAUGCUCCCGCCGCUGCCGCCGCCCCCGCUGAGGAGGAGGAGGAGUCCGACGACGACAUGGGCUUCGGUCUCUUCGACUAA